CUCGCUCUUGUGUGUUAAUAUCGUGAUAAAAAUUUUUUUCACUACUUGUAAUUUUUACUUAAUUAAAACCGAUAAAAAAGUUAUAUAUUUUUUAAUUUAAUUAUCUUCAAUACAUGGAAAAUGACUUUCCGUACACAGUUAACAGAAUGAGGAAAAUCUAUUGAAUAUUUUUCCAACGUGAACAAGAAAAUAAGAGAAAAAGAAAAAAAAUAUACGAAACGGUGUUGUGGUUUUUUGUGUGUGUGAGAGUUGUGUUGUGCCAGUCAUAUUGACACAUCAACCCAAACGACGACGAAAGCCCCAAUUUUUCGAUUGAAUUUCACAUGCAAAGACCUUGAUGCAUAAUGCAAAGUUUUUCCACAAAAACUAAAGAAAUGUUUAUAGUGCGUGCUUUAGAGAAAAUCCUUGCCGAUAAGGAUAUUAAACGUUCCCAAAAUUCACAAUUGAAAAAAUCAUGCGACACAGCUUUGGAACAAAUCAAAGCUGAACUAAUCAAUGCUGGUCAAAUAGCAGAAGGUAACGAGCUCCCUUGUGCUGCACUGCCACUGCCGAAAAACGAUGCAGCCAGCAUUAUAAAUGCGGAGACGUAUUUUCUGCCAUUUGAGUUGGCCUGCAAGAGUCGUUCACCGCGUAUUGUGGUGACAGCUUUGGAUUGCUUGGAGAAGUUGAUAGCAUAUGGACAUCUAACUGGCGCCAUUCAGGACUCUUCCAGUCCGGGACAUUUGUUAAUUGAUCGCAUUGUCAACACCAUAUGCGGUUGUUUCAAUGGACCACAGACCGACGAAUGCGUUCAAUUGCAAAUCAUCAAAGCCUUGCUCACUGUGGUCACCUCACAGCAUGUUGAGAUUCAUGAGGGUACUGUAUUGCAGGCAGUACGUACUUGCUAUGACAUUUACUUGUCGAGUAAAAAUUUGGUCAAUCAGACAACUGCUUGUGCCACUUUGACUCAAAUGUUGGAUGUGAUAUUUUCGCGCAUGGAAAAUCAAGUGUAUGAAGUAGCGGCUCAAGCAGCCCUGGCAGCGGCCGCUGCUAAUAAUGGCAAUAAUGAUGCAAACACAUCGCAAGCUUCGGAGGCCAGUGUAAGUGUGAAAAGUGUAAGUGGUACUGAAGAGGAAACUCCCGAAUCGGUGGCAGCUGCUGUAGUAGAGGAAAUAUUGAAUGCCGCUAUUACCGAAGUUCUCAAAGAAACUUCUCCCGAAAUUGUCAUCAAUGAUGAAGAGCAAACUGCUGCUACUAAUAAUAAUAAUAAUAGCAAUAGCACCAAUAACACCAGCUCUAAUAACAUAUCCACAACUGGUUCUGAAGGUAAUGCUAAUCACACCUUAUCGGACAACAAUUUGCACUUAAACUCAGAAGAAAGCGCUGAAAUGCAUAGCGAAAAUGAUGCUGUGGUCACAGCUAAAUUUACCCACGUUCUACAAAAAGAUGCCUUCUUAGUGUUUCGGGCAUUGUGUAAAUUGUCCAUGAAGCCUUUGCCAGAGGGACAUCCCGAUCCCAAGUCUCAUGAAUUGAGAUCAAAAGUUUUAUCUUUACGUUUGCUGUUGUCAAUACUACAAAAUGCUGGUCCAGUUUUUCGUUCCAACGAGAUGUUCAUCAUGGCCAUUAAACAGUAUUUAUGUGUAGCCUUGUCCAAAAAUGGUGUAAGUUUGGUGCCUGAGGUAUUUGAGCUGUCAUUGUCGAUAUUUGUGGCCCUGUUGUCCAACUUUAAAAUACAUUUGAAGAAACAAAUUGAGGUAUUUUUCAAGGAAAUUUUCUUAAAUAUUUUGGAGGCCACUUCCAGUUCGUUUGAACACAAAUGGAUGGUUAUACAAGCGUUGACACGUAUUUGUGCUGAUGCCCAAUCGGUGGUGGAUAUCUAUGUAAAUUACGAUUGUGAUUUUCAAGCGGCAAAUCUCUUUGAACGCCUGGUAAAUGAUUUAUCGAAAAUUGCUCAAGGCAGACAAGCUCUGGAGUUGGGUGCUAAUCCCAUGGAAGAGAAAUCAAUGCGUAUCAGAGGCUUAGAAUGUUUAGUUUCCAUACUAAAGUGCAUGGUAGAGUGGAGCCAGGAUUUGUAUGUCAAUCCAAAUAUGCCCUCACUAAAUGCCCAUGAAGGUACAGCUCAUAAUCGUUCCGCCAACUCUGCUGAUUUACAAUCACCCACAGAUAAUACAGAUGCUAUAUCUCAAAUACGUUCUACGCAUGGCGGCUCCAGCCACAGUUUAAACUCAUAUGGCAGUGUUAAAAAUUCAGAAGUUCUUGAUCUGCCUGAAGCUCUGGAGGAAAGAAAAAUGCGCAAGGAGGUCAUGGAAGCUGGCAUUGAGAUAUUCAAUCGUAAGCCUAAAAAGGGAGUACAAUUUCUGCAAGAUAAAAAACUAUUGGGGGUCACACCCAAGGAUAUAGCCAAAUGGCUGCACGAGGAUGAACGUUUAGACAAGACUAUCAUAGGCAAUUUCAUAGGAGAGAAUGAUGAUCAUUCGAAAGAAGUUAUGUGUGCUUAUAUAGACGCUUUUGAAUUUCACAAUCUUGAAGUGGUUUCUGCUUUGCGUAUGCUUUUGGAGGAAUUCCGUUUGCCCGGAGAAGCCCAAAAGAUCGAUCGUCUUAUGGAGAAAUUUGCCAGUCGUUAUUGUGAAUGCAAUCCCAAUAAUCCGCUAUUCCAAAGUGCAGAUACUGUGUAUGUUUUGGCCUUUUCCAUUAUAAUGUUGACUACCGAUUUACAUUCACCACAGGUGAAAAAUAAAAUGACUAAAGAGCAAUAUAUAAAACUUAAUCAAGGUGUUAGUGAUAGCCGAGAUGAUCUACCCGUCGACUAUUUGUCCUCAAUAUAUGACGAAAUUGCCGGUCAUGAAAUAAAAAUGAAAAACACGGUGGUUAAUAAACCGGGCAAACAAAUUAUUGCCAACGAAAAACGACGCAAACUUUUGUGGAAUAUGGAAAUGGAGGCCAUAUCGACGGCGGCCAAAAAUCUUAUGGAAUCUGUUUCGCAUGUAAAGUCACCUUUCACAUCGGCCAAACAUUUGGAGCAUGUGCGGCCCAUGUUCAAAAUGGCCUGGACUCCCUUCUUGGCAGCCUUUUCGGUGGGCCUACAGGACUGUGAUGAUCCCGAAAUAGCUUGUCUCUGCUUGGAUGGUAUACGCUGUGCCAUACGUAUCGCUUGUAUUUUCCACAUGACCUUAGAACGAGACGCUUAUGUGCAGGCCUUGGCUAGAUUUACACUGCUCACCGCUAACUCGCCCAUCAAUGAAAUGAAGGCUAAAAAUAUUGAUACCAUUAAGACACUAAUAAUGGUUGCUCACACUGAUGGCAAUUAUUUGGGCUCCAGUUGGUUGGAUAUUGUGAAAUGCAUUAGUCAAUUAGAAUUGGCGCAACUAAUUGGCACCGGGGUACGACCGAAAUUCUUAUCUGGUGCUCAGACCACUCUUAAGGAUUCGCUGAAUCCCAGUGUUAAGGAGCAUAUUGGCCAGACAAGUAGCCAAAGUGUUGUGGUAGCUGUGGAUCGUAUUUUUACGGGUUCCAUACGUUUGGAUGGUGAUGCUAUUGUGGAUUUUGUAAAGGCUUUGUGUCAGGUCUCAAUCGAAGAAUUACACAAUACCCAGCCACGCAUGUUUUCGUUACAGAAAAUAGUGGAAAUUUCCUACUACAACAUGGAGCGUAUACGUUUGCAGUGGUCUCGCAUUUGGCAAGUGCUGGGUGAACACUUUAACACUGUUGGCUGUAAUACCAAUGAAGAAAUUUCCUUCUUUGCCUUGGAUUCGUUGCGUCAAUUGUCGAUGAAAUUUAUGGAAAAAGGUGAAUUUGCAAAUUUCCGUUUCCAAAAGGAUUUUCUGCGGCCAUUUGAACAUAUAAUGAAAAAGAAUCAAUCACCUGCCAUACGAGACAUGGUGGUGCGUUGUGUAGCCCAAAUGGUUAAUUCGCAAGCUCGCAAUAUUAAGUCUGGUUGGAAAAACAUUUUCUCCAUUUUUCAUUUGGCAGCGGGAGAUCAUGAGGAAGCUAUAGUUGAGUUGGCUUUUCAAACGACCGGCAAAAUAAUAGGGGAGUUAUAUCAAAAGCAAUUUGCUGUUAUGGUAGACUCCUUCCAGGAUGCUGUCAAAUGUUUAUCGGAAUUUGCCUGCAAUGCCCGUUUUCCCGACACAAGUAUGGAGGCUAUUCGUUUGGUGAGAACAUGUGCUUUGUGUGUACAUGAAUCACCGCAACUGUUUGCCGAACAUGCUGGCAUGGAGAAUGAUAUUUCGGUGGCAGAAGAAGAUCGUGUUUGGGUCAGAGGCUGGUUCCCCAUGUUGUUUUCUUUGUCGUGCGUGGUGAAUCGCUGUAAAUUGGAUGUGAGAACCCGAGGAUUGACAGUGCUCUUUGAGAUUGUUAAAACCCAUGGAGACAGCUUUAAGCCUAAUUGGUGGAAGGAUUUGUUUAAUGUGAUUUUCCGUAUUUUCGACAACAUGAAACUACCGGAACAUGUAACAGAGAAAUCUGAAUGGAUGACCACCACCUGCAAUCAUGCUUUAUAUGCCAUUAUUGAUGUAUUUACGCAAUACUUUGAUGUCUUGGGUCAUCUAUUGUUGGAAGACCUGUUUGCUCAGUUACACUGGUGUGUUCAGCAGAAUAACGAGCAGUUGGCCAGAUCUGGCACAAAUUGUUUAGAGAAUUUGGUUAUAUCGAAUGGUUUUAAAUUCAAUGAAGCUACCUGGGAUAAAACUUGCCAAUGUAUACUGGAUAUAUUUAAUGCUACGCUGCCAGGAGAGUUGUUGUCAUGGCGUCCAAAUCCCCAGCUACAACAACAAAUGCAGUUACAGCAGCAACCACACCACCAGACACAUCAAGGUCAAGUACAGUAUCAAACAGCAGCUCAUAAUAAUCCUCAAACUCCCCACUUACGCAAAGGUUCGCAUCCUCGUGUGAACGAUACUCUAAAUCGUUCAUAUUCUCAACAUUCCGUUUAUAGUAAUUCGGGAAGUUAUGAUGAUGAUCACACCCAUCAAUCCCACCAUCAUCAUCAGCAACAGCAAUCGUUGCACCACCACCAACAUCCGCAUGCCACUCCCCAACAUCCAAUUGUUCCACAAAAUCCGGCUUUGUUUGAAAGUCUCAAUAUCAAAUGUGUUGUACAACUAGAGCUGAUACAAACUGUUGAUAACAUCAUCUUUUUCCCGGCCACCUCCCGUAAAGAAGAUGCUGAAACAUUGGCGCAGGCCGCCGCAGAUUUAACAGGCAAUCUAACUACUCACCCCAUGCUUGAUUGUCAACGUGAAGAGCAGGGCAUGUACAGCUAUUUACGUACACGCCAACUACUUACGUUGGCCGAUUGUCUAAUGCAAUCCCAUCGCUUUGGCAAACGUUUUAAUGCUGAUCAGGAACAACGUAAUAUAUUGUGGCGUGCUGGUUUUAAGGGUUCCAUCAAACCGAAUUUAUUAAAACAAGAAACCGCCUCAUUGGCCUGUGUGCUCAGAAUCUUCUUUAAAAUGUAUGGCGACGAGAAUAGACGCAGCGAUUGGCCAGGCAUCGAACAGGAAUUAGUGCAAGUGUGUAAAGAAGCAUUAACAUAUUUCCUUAGUUUACAAAGUGAAGCUCAUCGUGAUGCAUGGACAUCGCUGUUAUUGCUAAUUUUGACAAGAUUACUUAAAAUGUCCGAUGCAAGGUUUGCUACGCACGUCUCUAACUAUUAUGCUUUAUUAUGUGAAUUAAUGUGUUUCGACUUGAAGCCCGAAUUACGAAGUGUCCUUAGGCGUGUAUUUUUACGUAUUGGUCCAGUGUUUAAUAUAUUAAAUGUAAAAUAGUGGUACUGAUACCAUAACUACUACAACCAAUUCCAUUAAAAUUCGACUUUAAAUUUUAAAAUAAAAUUAUAUAUAUAUAUAAAAUAAUAAACAAUUUUCGAGAGAUUUACGAAAUACAUGCGAAAUACUAUUCAAAUUAAAACAAUUGUUUUUUAAACAAAUAAAUUAUUAUACAAUUUAUAUACAUACAUAUAUUUAUUUAUCCUUUAUAUUAUUAUUAUUAUUAUAUAAUCUAUACAAUUCAAUAAAAUAUUGUAAAUUGGUCAUUUAAAGAAAAAUAGUACAUUAAACAUGUAACAUGUAUUAAAAAAAAAGGUUUAUGUUCUGGUAUUGCAAUAUAACUGAAAUUUUUAAUUUCAAUUUAUUAUUUAAUCUAUUGUUUUUUUUUUGUUUUGUUUGUUGUGUAUGUUUCAAAGAAUUCCUUUAGUUUUUAGUCAUAAGUCCAAAUUUAAUAAAGAUUGUAAAAAAAUGAAGUUUGUUUAAAAUUUGUAAAAUCAAUAACAACUUAUUAAAAUAUGUUUAAAUUUUUCUAAUUUCAAAAUAUAAAAAUAACUAGUUCUAGAACGAGUGUAAUCUAAAGCACUUCCCAGCAGUUCUAGAAGACUAUCCAGAACUAACGAUUUUACCUAUCAUUUAGGUUGACAGCUAGUUAUAUAACUAGCUACGUGACUAGUUAUUUUAGCACGUGGAUGUCCUAAUCAGGGGUUCAAUUGAUCCUUUUGGAUUACAAUAAGACUGUCUGAUAGAUGGUCAAAAGUAGUCAACGCAUUGGAUUCACAUACCGGUUACAUGGAUUCAGUUAACUUACAAGCUACCUAACUGUCAACAUAAGUAGUUAUUUUAACAUGUACGGAUGCUAAUUGAGCUCAAAAAUUCUGUCCAAUAGCCGAUUGUUUGUAAGUGAGUAAGUGACUACACUUUUGACUACUUAGAGACACUUAAGUGACAAUUGUCUGCACCAGAGAUUACAUGUGAUGUAUAAAGUAACCAAUUGACCCAAAAUGUAUAAAUUGGAAUCAGCCAAGUGGUCAGACAUUAGUGACAAUUACUGUCCAUAACGAAUACAUUGACUAUUUGCUUAACUGCUGAGUUUAGAUUUAUUGAAUGCCAGUAUUGGAACUUGUGAGGCCGCAAUUACUUCUAGAACUUUUUCUAUGGAAUGCUAUAUCUAUAGAAAUAUUAUAGAAACAUUAAACCAAAAAUCACGAACGGAAAACCUAGUUCCAGAACUGUUCCUAAGAAUGUGUGUUUGCUUCCUAAAGCUUCUCUAGAACUAAUUUCGAGUGUGGCAAUUUCAAACGAAAAACCAUUGAUUAAAUAAAUUAGCACCUUAACGCUUUUAUAUGUACAGUUCUGGAGGUGACAAUUUCAAAUAAGAAUCAUUGGUACCAAUACCAAAUAAGAACGAGUACUGGCUGUAUGCAUGCGUUCUAGAACUAGUUGUGGAACUAAUAUUUUUGAUCAGUGGAAUAUUGAAAUAAAUUUAAAUUAUAAUAAUCAGUCCAAUUAUGAAAAAAAAAUUUUUCCUAUUCAAAUUCUAUGUUAAAAAAAAGAAAAGGGGAAUUUUUUUCAUAAUUGGGCUGAAUUUAAAAAUUGAUUGAAAUAAAACUUAAGAUUAUAUGUUGAAAAAUUUAAAGGAGUUUCUUUUUUUUAACGAAUUUUUGCCUCUCAAACUCGAAUAAAAGUUUAGUGCAAACGAAACACAUUUUUGGAAAUUCUUGUGUGCUUUGAAACUUUUUUUUAUAAAAAAUUUUGAAUUUGAAGAUAAAAUCAUACAAAAUUAAAUUGAGAUUUUUAUUGCAAAUUAACAAUCAGUUUCUGUAUAACAAGCCUGCAUUUUGAGUGAAUAUUUUACAUGUAUGUAUUUUUUUUGUUUUUUUUACAAAAAAAUAUGGAAACUGGCAGUAAAGCUUUUAAUUUAAAAUUUAAUGCAGAGUAAAUUCUUUCAUAAAAUCUACAGAAAGUAUUGUUGUUUAAUUUUUAUAAAAUAUUUAAACGAUUUUGAGAUUCGAGAUGAGAUUUGGCCUCAAAGAACAGUUUAUAUAUAAUUAGCCUUAUUAUCCGUUCAUAUAAAUAUAUAUAUACAUCUACAUAUACGCAUAUUAACCAUUUAUUAAUCUUUACUUCAUCUACUUAUAUUAGACUAGUCUAAAACGAACUAUUAAUCUUUCUAUAUUUUGCACUAAUAAACAUUUUCUAUACUAAAUAGUGUAAUUGUUAAGAAAAUUUCUCACACAUUUAUUUUCCAUAAAAAUAGGAAAACCUUCUUAUUUGCUUCUAAAAUCCCUGUGUAAAAAAUAAGAAAUUCAAUCAAGAUCGAUCAGUAUACAAACUAGAAAAUUUAUUAAUAUAUGAAAAAUAAAAAGAAAAUACCUAUAAUAAAUUACAAAACCCAAAGUGUGUGAUUUUGUGUGACUUGUUAAUAAUAAAAUUUGUUGAAUGAAAAAUUUACAACACCAAAAAAAAAACUGUCCAUAGUUUUGUUGUCUUUAUUGUGUAUUUCAAUUCAUGGAGAAUUUAAACAAAAAAAUAAGUUAUUUCUGGUUAAUAACAAUAGCAAAAACUAUAAAUAUUUAAAAAUAAUGAUUAAAUAAAUAUAUACAUACACACACAUACUACAUACAUACAUAUAUAUAAAUAUAUAGAGUGAAUAAUAAAAAUAAUUAUAAUUAUAACAAUAAAAUUAGUAAUAAUAAUAACAAUAAAAUGUAUAUUACAUAGUAAAAGUGAAAUUUAUUUAAAUAAAAAUGAUUAUUCUUACAAUAAAAUUAUUUUAAAAACAA